GGGGGGGGGGGGGGGGGUCUCUCUCCUUUGUCACCCACUGCGCUUUGUUUCAGUGAAUGUAUAAUACGGUCACCCACAUGUGUGUUAUGGGACAAGAGCGGCCUUCUCCCUGUCCCGGACGGACACCAAAAAAAACAGAGGAAUGAAAGUCAAGUUUUUUCAAUUUCUCUAUUGGUACACAAAACCCCCCUUUUAAUACCCCCCCCCUAACACCACCACUUUGAGCACCUCGGAGUGCCCACAGAAGUCGUUUGUAUUUAUCGGACAUGUGUAUUAUGUUGUAUGUACAUUUUUUUUUUAAAUUGUAGGCUUGCAAAUGCUAAUUCUUAUUUACCAUAAUAGUAUUCGUCAUUACCGGCCUCGGCCGACGUACAGACCAGCAGGUCGAGACGAUGUCUGCUCACCGUAUAUAGAAAUGGGAAUGUGGGUCAUACGUAUAAUCUUCAGAGAUGGAGGACUCACACUUUAAAGAAGGGUGGCUGAACUGAUGUCUGAGCGCUUUGAGUAGUGAGAAAAGCGCUAUAUAAAUGCAAAGAAUUAUUAUUAUUAUUAUGUCUUUGUGUGUGAGGGUGACACCGGGUGACUGUGGGUGACCAAUGGCCUUUCAGAAUCUGAUACUCUGCUUUGGCCGCGCUGCCAUCUUUUAGCUUCCGCCGAACGUCUCCAUACUGACGGGUUUUUCUUGCAUGGCUCUGACCCCCCCCCACCACCACCACCACCGCCAUGUCUUUUUUUUUUUCAUAGAUGGGGGGGGUUCCUCAAACACAAUCAUGGGUUUUGAGUUUUCAUCGAUCACAGUUUCAAAGCAUCGAUCAUACCGUCUACAUCAGGGGGUGCCCACUCCGGUCCUGCUGCAGGUUUUCAUUCUAACCCUCUCCUUAAUGAGUGACCUGCUGAAGUUUUGCUCCUAUUUAACUUCUUUUGAAUUCAUUUUAUUUGACUUGCUCUCGAAGAUUCAGGGUGUCCUCAGUCACGGUCCUGGAGGGCCGCAGUGGCUGCAGGUUUUCCUUUAAUUGGUGACCUGGUUUUGCCGCUAAUUAACUCCUUUUGAAUUCAUUUUAACCCUUUUGGCCCUGACAUCCUAUUACUAGCUGUCACAAAAGCAGACCUCAGACAUCAAAAGGAUUUGGGGUAGCCACCCGUAUAUUGUGCCCUUGGCUGCAAAAUGGGAUGAGCUGGUUGUGAUGUUCACAGGUUUGAGUCCAAAACAGAAGUGAAUGCAAUAGGAAAAGAUUGCAGCUUUAAAGCCUGGGACAGGAAGUGAUGUCAUUGGGACCGGAAGUGACAUUAUAUGUGGCACCAGUGCCGGAUUUGACAGCAUCACUGGCACCGGGACCAGAAGUGAUACCUUCUGGACAGGAAGUGACAUUAUCACUGGCACCGGUCCCAGAAGUGAUGUCAUCACUGGCACUGGGACCGGAAGUGACGUCUUCACUGGCACCGGACCCGGAAGUGAUGUCUUUUGGACCGGACAUAAGAUCGUCCAUGGCACCAGUACCAGAAAUGACGUCAUCACUGGCACCAGUCCCAGAAGUGACAUCAUCACUGGGACCAGAAGUGACAUCUUCCAUGUUACAGGAAGUGACGUCAUCUCUGGCACCGGGCCCGGAAGUGAUGUCUUCUGGACCGGACGUGAGAUCAUCCAUGGCACCAAUACCAGAAAUGACGGCAUCACUGGCACCACUUCCAGAAGUGAUGUCAUCACUGGCACUGGGACUGGAAGUAACGUCUUCUGGACCAGAUGUGACAUCAUCCAUGGUACAGGAAGUGACGUCAUCACUGGCACCAGUCCUGGAAGUGGUGUCUUCUGGACCAGAUGUGAGAUCAUCCAUGGCACCAGUACCAGAAAUGAUGGCAUCACUGGCACUGGGACCAGAAGUGACAUCUUCUGGACCAGACGUGACAUCAUCCAUGGUACGGGAAGUGACGUCAUCACUGGCACCAGUCCUGGAAAUGGUGUCUUCUGAACCGGACGUGAGAUCAUCGAUGGCACCAGUACCAGAAAUGAUGGCAUCACUGGCACUGGGACCAGACGUGACAUCAUCCAUGGUACGGGAAGUGACGUCAUCACUGGCACCAGUCCUGGAAGUGGUGUCUUCUGGACCUGACGUGAGAUCAUCCAUGGCACCGGUACUGGAAAUGAUGGCAUCACUGGCACCUAGACAAGAAGUGACAUCUUCAGGACCAGACAUGACAUCAUCCAUGGUGUCAGGCCCAGAAGUGAUGCCAUCACUGGCACCAGGACCUAGUGAGAUUUCCCGUGGAUGGUCUGCAGAAGAUUAAAGACGGUUAGUACAGCUCGCCACUAUUCUUAAGGCCUUUCCGCUGCCUCCCAAUCACACGUGUGUGACAGCACAGAAAUAUGCAGCCAUUUUGUAUAAAGCCGUUGGACCCCGGGUGUGCUACUACUAGUGCAGACUGGAGAGACUGGCAUACAGUCUGUGAAAAUGGACACUUCCGGACUGUGCCCAACACUUUCAAUUUUAUUUCCUAAAGAGGAUUGAAGUCUUUGGCAGCUAUCGUAUAAUAAUAGUGAUUUUAUUUUUAUUUUUCAUUUUUUCAGCUUCCUAGACACGCCAAAAGGUAGAAUAUCUCACAAAAUAAUUUUUCCCAUUAGAAACAGAAAAUCCAGGGCCGAAAGGGUUAAUUGACUUGCUCUUGAAGACUCAGACCCCUUAAUUGUUUUUUUUUUCCUUAAUUAGCUACCAAACAAUAAUGAGAUACUAAAUGAGCCAAAAGAACUGGUGUCCAUCAUACGAUAUCUGAAAAUAAAGAAAGAUGAAGGUCUCAGGAAUGUCGAUCUGCUCAGGUCCAUUCUAACAGUGUGCUCUUAGAAAAGAGAAUAUCAGAAAUGUCUGCCUUUGCAGAAUGAGAGCAGCAACAAGCCAUGGAAUUAAAGAGCGGGUUAAAAUAACAACAAGAAUCAGAGCCUAAUUGAGCAACUAGUUGGAAUGAAAUUAGUGGAAGUUUGAGGCCCCCGACUUAGGUGGUCUUCUGUUGACUCCCUCACUUCACAUUUAAUUUCUGUUUGGCUGCCAUUUAAGGAAAGAAAUGAAGCGAUUAAAAGGAACAAAUCUUUAAAAAACAAGUCCAUUGUUAAUUAACAUCAAAAAACUUGUCACCGAUUAAGGAGAUGGUUAAAAUGAAAACCUUCAGCCACUGCGGCCCUCCGGGACUGUGAUUGAGGACCCCCCUGCCUUAAUUGCUUCUUUUCCCGUAAUUAGCAGCCAAGCAAAACAAGAUACAAAAUGAGCGAAGACAACUGGUGUUCAUCAUACCAUAACUGAGAAUAAGGAAAGGCGGGGGUCUCGGGAAUGUCAAUCUGCUCAGGUCCCCAGUGCUCUUAGAAAAGAGAGCAUCAGAAAUGUCUGCCAUUGCAGAAUGAGCAGCAACAAGCCAUGGAAUUAAAGAGCAGGUUUAAGUAACGAGAAGACUCUGCGCCUAAUUAAUCAACUGGUUGGAGUUUGAGGCCCUGACUUAGGUGGUCUUCUGUUGGCUUCCUCACUUCACAUUUCAUUUUUAUUUGGGUGCCAUUUAAGAAAAGAAAUGAAGCAACUCUGAGGAACGAUGAAGAAAUUCAGGGGUCCGAAUCUUAAAAAACAAGUCAAUUAAAAUGAAUGUGAAAGGAGUUAAUUAGCAGCACAAACAGAUCACCAAUUAAGGAGAGGGUUAGAAUGAAAAACUGCAGCCACUGCGGCCCACCAGGACUGUGAUUGAGGACCCCCCUGCCUUAAUUUGUUUCUUUUCCCGUAAUUAUCAGCCAAGCAAAAACAAGAUACAAAAUGAGCGAAGAGAACUGGUGUCCAUCAUACCAUAUCUGAGAAUAAGGAAAUGCGGGGGUCUCGGGAAUGUCGAUCUGCUCAGGUCCCCAGUGCUCUUAGAAAAGAGAGCAUCAGAAAUGUCUGCCAUUGCAGAAUGAGAGCAGCAACAAGCCAUGGAAUUAAAGAGCAGGUUUAAGUAACGAGAAGACUCUGCGCCUAAUUAAUCAACUGGUUGGAGUUUGAGGCCCUAACUUAGGUGGUCUUCUGUUGGCUCCCUCACUUCACAUUUCAUUUCUGUUUGGGUGCCAUUUAAGGAAAGAAAUGAAGCAACUCAGAGGAAUGAGGAAGAAAUUCAGGGGAACAAAGCUUAAAAACAAGUCCAUUUAAAUGAAUGGAAAAGAAGUUAAUUAACAUCAAAAAACAGGUCGCUAAUUAAGGAGAGAGUCAGAAUGAAAACCUGCAGCCACUGCGGCCCACCAGGACUGUGAUUGAGGACCCCCCUGCCUUAAUUUGUUUCUUUUCCCAUAAUUAGCAGCCAAGCAAAAACGAGAUACAAAAUGAGCGAAGACAACUGGUGUCCAUCAUACCAUAUCUGAGAAUAAGGAAAGGCGGGGGUCUCGGGAAUGUCGAUCUGCUCAGGUCCCCAGUGCUCUUAGAAAAGAGAGCAUCAGAAAUGUCUGCCAUUGCAGAAUAAGAGCAGCAGCAAGCCAUGGAAUUAAAGAGCAGGUUUAAUUAACAACCAGAAUCGGUGCCUAAUUGAGCAAUUGGUUGGAAUGAAAUUGGAGUUUGAGGCCCUGACUUAGGUGGUCUCCUGUUGGCUCCCUCACUUCACAUUUCAUUUCUGUUUGGGUGCCAUUUAAAGAAAGAAAUGAAGCAACUCAGAGGAACGAUGAAGAAAUUCAGGGGUCCAAAUCUUAAAAAACAAGUCAAUUAAAAUGAACGUGAAAGGAGUUAACUAACAGCACAAACAGAUCAGCAAUUAAGGAGAGGGUUAGAAUGAACCCCUGUAGCCACUGCGGCCCUCCAGGAGCGGAGUUGGGGACCCCUGAUCUACGCUAUCGCCUUUUUUGUUUUGUGCGCGUGACCGUCACAGGCAUGUAGUGCCUCUUGUAUGUCGUGUCGAUUUCAGCUCAGGUGACAGCUAAGGAAAUGUGCUUAACUCUUAAGACACCGCAGCUCCUCUCGGGAUGGCUCUGAGUGUUUAUAUUCUUUUUGGUUUUGUUUUUUUCUGUUUGUUUUUUUUAAACCUAAACAAAUCUGAGAAGACGAUAUCUGAGACCUAUGAGACGAGAUCUCUGUAUGUGAUGCAUCCAAUAAACUAAGCUUAACUUAUUAAGCAAAAAUGGAAAAAAAAAUAAAGUAUUUAAGACAAA